AUGAUUAAUUAUGAUAAGAUAUAUAAGAAUACGGAAGUACAAGGAGAUUUAACGGCAGUCAAUGAUACUAUAUAUAUUGAUAAUAAAAUAUUAAAAGAAGAAUUCGAAAGAAUGAAAGAAAAAAAUUUAGUAUUAGAAAAAACAUUGACAGAAUUAUCAGAUACGUUGCGUCAAUACGAGGAAUCUGUGCAAUGCUUGCACGAUAAGGUUGACCAAUUAUUUAAAGACCAGAGGACAGUAACAGAAACGAUUGACGACAAACUAAGGAGAGCCGUGUGCGAAAUUGCAUCAAUCAAAAGUUUUUACUAUUCGUCGAAUACAAUGUUCCAUGAUUUUGAAAAAAAAUUGACUUCUAUAAAAAAUGAUACUGAAAAGUCGAUGCGGAAGUGUGGAUCAUUGAAAGCGUGGAAUGAAACCCUAGAAAGAGAUGUAAUGAAGAAUACUUUAAACAUCAGUGCAUUGAAUCAUUCUUCGCAGUCCUUGGAGUUGGCUAGUUGCCAUGACUUUGGGUCAACUAGAAUGCCUUCCCCCGAUAACCACGGUUGCAGUCGACCAGAUACAUUCGGAGUUUCGACGGUGAGCAAUUUGGCGAAACCACCGGAUACGUAUUUGGUACCAACGACACCAUUAUCUCCACCACCUCCACCACCUCCACCACCUCCACCACCGGUUCCCAAAGCGCCACCGCUGCUGUCGUCGAUGUCACGGAGUACGCAAAAACCUAUGAACACAGCUACCGGUGAAAAAGUAUACUAUCGCAUUCCGAUCACGACGGACAUUUUAAAAUCCGUUGUGCUUAAACCGGCCGGCGAGAGGAAUCGCAAACACUGA